GUCAAAUGUCUUGCAAUCAACAAAAAGAGUGUUGUAAAAAAGAAUGUCAAGAGAAAGAAUGUCAAGAGAAAGAAUGUUGUUGUCCAAGAAUAAAAGCAUUUAAGAAAUUUAUAAACACAUUUGAAAAAGCACAAAUUGGAAAAGAAGCCCCAGAAUUUAAAGCACCAGCAUAUUGUCCAUGUGGUUCAAUCAAAGAGAUUGAUAUUAAUGAAUAUAAAGGAAAAUAUGUUGUAUUGUUGUUUUAUCCAUUGGAUUGGACAUUUGUUUGUCCAACAGAAAUGAUUGGAUAUAGUGAACUUGCAGGACAAUUGAAAGAAAUCAAUUGUGAAGUUAUUGGAGUGAGUGUAGAUUCAGUUUAUUGUCAUCAAGCAUGGUGUGAAGCAGAUAAAAGUAAAGGAGGAGUAGGAAAAUUGACAUUCCCAUUAGUAUCAGAUAUUAAGAGAUGCAUUUCUAUCAAAUAUGGAAUGUUAAAUGUCGAAGCAGGAAUUGCAAGAAGAGGAUAUGUCAUCAUUGAUGAUAAAGGAAAAGUAAGAUACAUUCAAAUGAAUGAUGAUGGAAUUGGAAGAUCAACGGAAGAAACAAUCAGAAUAGUUAAAGCAAUUCAAUUCAGUGAUGAACAUGGAGCAGUUUGUCCACUCAAUUGGAAACCAGGCAAAGACACCAUUGAACCAACACCAGAUGGAAUUAAGAAAUAUUUAACAGCACAUUAAAACAAACAAGAUAAUUUAAUACAAAUUAUUUUA